AUCUUCAGAAGUCAGUCCUGAACAUCAGAUUGUGUAGAGCAACCAAUAGUCUUGGCACUGGCUUGUGAUGGUCAAGGUUUUCUAUAGGACCCUUUGGAUAAUGACUCAACAGGUUGUCACCCAUUCCUGUUGCUGGAUUUGUAACUUGGUGGCACAAGAUGUCUAAGUGGAGCCUCGUGUCAUGUUAGUUUUUGGCUCCAUAUGUAUUCCAUACAUAUAGGAAGCUAAUAGAGUAGCAGAUUUCCAUUUAAUUUUUUCAAAGGGACUUUAGUGUUUGUUGUCCCUCCCCUUAUUUCCUACUUUACCUAGGCUUGCAUGCCAGGGCUGUGGGUGCCUGGUUAAGAAAAAGAAACUGACCCUCUUCCUUAUCAAGUAUGAAUCUGUAUGCCCAUUCCAACAUGCAGCCAGCAGGUGACCAGGAUACACUGGAGAGAGUGAUCAACUCCAGUCAACAUCAUGUUGAUGAAUAUGAAAGGAGGGUAAUGGGGCUUGAAAAAUGCGAGGGAGGUAGAAGUGUGUACCCUUUGCCUCUACCCAUUUCUCCCGGUUCCCUCUCAUUAACCCCUCCUAUUCUAGCUUUUAUCUCUUCCCAACACUAUACACUCCUUCCUCUUCCUGGGGCGAUAUUCUUCUGCUCCCUAGUUCCCUAGUAGAUAGUCAGGAAUCCUGUGUGGUUAUCCAGAUUGUAGUUCUCAUAUCAGAUACUUAAAACCUAACAUCCUUAACAGCAGACACAUGAAAUGUUUGUUGUUUUGGGUCUGGGUUUGCCAAAUCAGGAUGAUUUUUUUAGGUCCAUCAGGCCAGUCUUAGGGUUACAGAUUGCAAUGGCUGCCCUAACUGCCCUCAGUACUCCCUUUGAAGGCCAUGCAAAUAGAUCUACUUCAGCGUCAACAUUGACAGAGCUUUGAACAAGCACUGAGGGGGCUGGGCUCCUAACAGUGGAGUCUGAGGGGGGCACACAUGGAGCAUAAGCAUAGGGUACAGUCCGUAAGCCAGCUCCAUUGUGAGCUCAGAGCAUGUCACUAUGGUGGUGCCAGUGCAGCUGUGUUACUAGGUGAUGAAGUAUAGUUCAGUUAACCCUGAACGAGCAGGUCUUGCCUACACUUCUUUGGCAAGAAUUGGUGAUUUUAGCAAACUCUUAUCGUAUAAUUUGGGAGGUGGAGAUUAGCUAAAUGGGAGGGAAGAGAGGGUAAGAAGGUCCUGGGCGGCCCUAGCGCUCCAUAAUGGAGGAAGAUUUUGAAUAUGAUGCUCUGGCAUUGAAGUUCCCCAGAAGGGGACGCUGGUACACCCGUCUGUGGCGCUCCUGUCCUGGUUUUGGAUGCCUGCGUCAAAAGAAAACGACGAAAUUUCCCCUCUAUCUGAUCGGGUAUGAUCCCGUGGGUCGAUUACAAACAGCGGCCUGUGUUGGGGACGUGGAGAAAAUUGAAAGUAUGAUCCAUGAGUGUCAUCAUCAUGUGGAUGAAUCUGAUUGGAGGGGCAGGACAUCGCUGCAUUAUGCGAGUGCCCACAACCAUCCAGAUGUAGUGACACUGUUAUUAGAAAAUAAGUCCAACAUUAACAUCCAGGAUGAUGAAGGCUGCACACCGUUGAUUAAGGCUGCGCAGCGGGACAACACACAUUGUGUUUGUGUAUUGCUCAGGCACAAUGCUAAUCCAAAUUUGAUGGAUUACAGUGGGAAUACAGCCUUUCACCAUGCCAUUUCCAGGGGCAGCAUAGCAAUUGUAAAGAUGCUCCUGGAGUACAACGUAGAUAUUGAAGCCAAAACAGAGUAUGGCUUGACACCACUGCAACUUGCAACAUAUGAAAAUCAGACUGAAAUGAUAAACUUCUUAGAAUCAAUGAGUGCAGAUGCACAGGCCGUGCAAGUGUCAAACAGUGCAAGAACACCAGCACAUAAAAAAGAAGUGAAGCAUGUAAGAUUUUUGGAAGGUAAGAUUUUUAUAUCAUAUAUAAAUUUACUAUAUUGUAGCUGGUCUUAUUCACCCUAGAUAAAAUAGUGCGGACAUUUUAGCGCCUCUCCUACUGUGACCACACAAGGCAGCCCAGCUAGCAGAAAGGAAUCCAAAUGCAGGCAACAGAAUGAGAACCUGCCCUCACUUCAGUAAACCAGGAGUCCACAUGAAGAGCACGUGAAGCUGCACGUCUGCUACCUCUGAAUAUGGGGUCUAUGUGCAGCCCUGACGUGCUCUUUGAUAGGUGGUUCAGUCCCUGUGAGCCCUCAUGGGCCCCUGUUGGUUAAUCUGUAGGUUUUCUUGUUGUGUUUCUGAACCUUCAAUGGCACUGUCCUCCUUUGAAUUCAAUAUCCUUCCCCCAACUCUUUCACAAGACACCCCAACCUCCACCUGAUAUUUAUUUGGCUGUGGGUGUGUACAUCUGUUUCUAUCCAGGGCUUGAUGAAGACUCUCAGAAGAAUUAUCCAAGGCUUCUGUCUGCAAGCAUAGCAAAAUAUCAUUAAUGGAGUCAAAGACUGGCUCUCUCCCACAGGGUGGGUCUCAAGUUGGUCCAGUUAUUGGUUUGGUAUCUCCUUAAUGUCCGUUCCAUUUUAACCUGCAUAUCUUGGUGGUAGGAUAAAUUUUGGGUUGAUGUUUUUCUGAGUGCUUUGGUGUUCUCCUCCUUCUCCUGGAAGUCUCCCCUGGUACAGAAGAUGACCACUGAAAACUGCAUAUCACCUGCUGCUAGUAGGCUCUGCAAGUCUCAGCUCCAUAGAUAGACUGCUAAGAGCCCCCAUGGUUCCUGGUCUUUGUUUCACCACAGAGAUGCCUCUCCACUGGUAUCUUCUGUCCUAGCUCCAACACCACACCUGCUCUGCACCUUAGUUCCCCUCCCCAUCCUACAAAUUUCCCUCCCUCAAUCGAAUCCUGAUAUCUAUUUCAUUUUCCCUCCUGAAUGAGAUUCACGCAUCUUCCCUUGGGCCCUCAUUACUUAGCUUCUUUAGGUCUGUGCACUGUGGCCUGGUUAUUCUGUAAUUUAUGGCUGCUAAGGUCCUCACCUUUAAGUGAGUACAUUCCAUGCCUGUCCUUCUCGGUUUCAGUUACCUCAUCCAGUAUGAUGUUUGCCAAUCCCAUCCAUUUGCCUGCAAUUUUCUCAAAUUCCAUGUUUUUCAUAGCCGAGUAUUAUUUCAUUGUGCAAAUAUACCACAUUUCCUUAAUCAGUUUUUCAGUUGUCUCCUGUCCAUGGUUAUUACAAGGAGAGGUUUUAUGAACAUAGUUAAGCAAGUGUGCUUGGGUGGUAUGGUGGAGCAAGUUUGGGGUAUAUGCCCAUGAUUGACAUAGUUGUGUCUUAAGGUAAAAACUAUUUCAAAA